AUGUCUGAAACACAACUCUCCGACCAAUACCUAUACCAAAGCUCGCUGACAAGCGAUCCGGAGAUCAAAGUAUCAUCCGGCAAGCGCGUGCCGUUCGUUAUUGAUCUAAACCAGGGUUCGUACCAGAAUGGUGUUAUUACGAUUGACGCUACGGCUCAGCUGAACGGAAGUGAGGGAUUUGCUCCGCUCCGCGAUGCUUACAUCAUGCUUCCUUACAAGGUUACUAUGAAAAACGAUACUACGGCUCAGACAACAGCUGCGAAUCGUUUCUGUGCUACUCUAAAGUGUGGAAACUGGGACGUCAUUGAUUCGAUGUCUUUAGAACUAAAUGGCAAGACUAUUGUGAGUAUGGCUGACUACAAACUCUUCUGGAAUAACAUCCGGGCUCAAACCGGCUAUAGCUCUCAGUAUGUUGAGAAGCAUGGAGCGGAGUCGUUCCUUUACCCCGAUGCUGCUCAGUCAAACACUACAGCAUUUUCUUCUUCGUUUGCUGCGACUGGACCAUCCGGUGGAGCUUCUAUUGCUAGCGAUGGUCUUGUAAAGCGACUGCUAUCAAACCCUCCAUCUGCUGGUUCUGAUUUCAGCGCUUCUUGGCCUUCCCUUGGAGCUGCUGCUGCUUCUACAACCAUUGCUAACCAGACCGCGCGCGGUGCCUUUGUAACUGGAGCUGCUACUGCCAAUGCAAUCAUAGGUACGUGGAACUACAUGCUUAAGAUUAAGUUAGCUGAUCUUCACCCGAUCUUUAAGGAACUUGAUCUAAUGGCGAAUCCCCAGAUCCGUCUUUGCUUCAGAGUAGACCAAGGUGUAUCAGCGGUGGCUGUUGAUGCUGGUAAGGGGAUGAAGCUAACUUCAACUACUCUUGCAUCGGGUAAUACAUGUCCCGUGAUGGUUGCCGCCUCAAGCACUUGUAAUCCAAUGGCGAGUGUACUUGCAGCUUCUGCGCGUUUCAGUAUCGCGUGGGGAGCUGUUGUAAACUCACUCGAUCUUACUAUUGAUGGUACGUACAUGCCUUUCACGACUGCUCGACUUUACGUACCAUUCAAGGUACGUUUCAACGAUUGCUACGCUCAAUGGUUUUACCAACGGGCUGGCACUGUGUAA